AUGGAACAGGAAUAUCGCCUAACGAAAACAGCCGGAAUUCAGUUCAAGGACCUCAACAGAUAUGCCGAUAUGUUGCCAUAUGAUCAGUCGAUGGUAAUUCUAGGUCGUAAAUGGCCAAGCAUUGUUGAGGAUCCAGAGCCUCAAAUUACGGCGGCUGAGGUAAUCUGCGGUUACAUCAACGCCUCCUACAUUCGGCGACCGCGUUUUGGACCAAAGGGAGAGGCCUGUGUGGCAGAUCCGUCUACAGUUCCGGAGUACAUCGCAUCCCAGGGACCGCUGACGCACACCAUUGCCGACUUCCUCACGAUGGUCUACGAGCAGAAAUCGAAAUUAAUUGUUAUGCUUUGUCGGUGA